AUGAAGUGCGCCCUGGUCUUCCUCUGCCUCUGUCUGGCUCUGAGCGCAGCUGCGCCCGCAAACGAUGCGACAAUUGUGUCGCAAUCCUCGGAUGUGCAGCCCGAUGGCUACAAACUGGAGCUGGAGACCAGCGAUGGCACCAAGCGCACCGAAGAGGGCAUCCUGAAGAAUCCUGGCACAGACAAUGAGGCACUCGCCGUCAAGGGCGCCUUCUCCUAUGUGGGCGACGACGGCGUCACCUAUUCCGUCAGCUAUGUGGCCGAUGAGAACGGCUUCCAGCCUGAAGGCGCACAUAUACCUCGCGCCUAG